CCGCGCGACUGCGCCACAGACACACUGUAGCGCUACAGGAUCCAUUGCGGAUUUUGUUCCGCUAUAUAGGUCUAGAAGGAAGCUAGCGAGGUUUAUUCCUCAACGGAACUAACGGUUUUAACGGAUUUGUCCCCUAUAACGAACUCGCCCCCUUCCCUCUGUCCUGGCAGACGCUCAGAAAGUUCUAGCCAGUUGCGUUUUAACUCCGGUAAGCCCGUGCGGAAUUCCGCGCUCCCGUGACUCGGAGGGAUUUUAUGCACCGGGUUGUCGGUAUCGUCAUGGGUCGGUUCCGUCUCGCGCUGUUGACGCUCAUAACGGCGCUGUUUGGGUUCGCGCACGCAUUUGGAGACGAGGAGGAGAUGACCUGCGACCCGAUCCGCAUCUCCAUGUGUCAGGAUCUGGGCUACAAUGUGACCAAGAUGCCGAACCUGGUGGGAAACGUGCUGCAGUCCGACGCCGAACUACAACUGACCACAUUCACACCGCUGAUACAGUACGGCUGCUCGAGCCAGCUGAAGUUCUUCUUGUGCUCCGUGUACGUUCCCAUGUGUACUGAGAAAGUUCCGAUCCCGAUUGGCCCCUGUGGGAGCAUGUGUUUGUCCGUGAAGAGGAAGUGCCUUCCGGUCUUGCAGGAGUUUGGCUUUGUGUGGCCGGAACUUCUUAACUGCAGCCUUUUCCCGCCCACCAAUGACCAGAACCACAUGUGCAUGGAAGGUCCGGGUGACGAAGGCCCCCCGUUCCACGCCGUUCGGCCCCUGGCUCCACAAGAGGAGGAGUGCGUGGCCCUAGGUGCGGGCGUGGAGCAGUACGCUUGGGUGAAGCGCAGUGGGAGUUGCUCGUUGCAGUGUGGCUAUGACACGGGACUCUACCGUCGUCAGGCCAAAGUCUUCACGGAUAUUUGGAUGGCGGUGUGGGCCGUUCUCUGCUUCAUCUCCACCACCUUCACCGUGCUCACCUUCCUAGUGGAUUCCUCGCGGUUCUCCUACCCAGAGCGGCCCAUCAUCUUCCUGAGUAUGUGCUACAAUAUCUACAGCGUCGCGUUCAUCGUGCGCCUGACGGUCGGACGCGAACGCAUCUCCUGUGACCUGGAGGAGGCGGCCGUGCCAGUUCUGGUUCAGGAGGGGUUGAAGAACACGGGCUGCGCGAUUGUCUUUCUCCUCACGUAUUUCUUCGGCAUGGCGAGCUCCAUCUGGUGGGUGAUCCUGACGUUGACGUGGUUCCUGGCGGCGGGCCUGAAAUGGGGUCACGAGGCGAUUGAAAUGCACAGUUCGUACUUCCAUAUUGCGGCGUGGGCGAUUCCCGCCGUCAAGACGAUCGUCAUCCUAAUAAUGCGACUAGUGGAUGCCGAUGACCUCACCGGGAUGUGCUACGUGGGCAACCAAAACCUAGAUGCGCUAACGGGGUUCGUCGUGGCUCCGCUCUCCACUUACCUUGUGAUCGGGACUUUGUUCAUUGCGGCGGGUUUGGUGGCGCUGUUUAAAAUUCGUUCCAACCUGCAGAAGGACGGAACCAAGACGGAUAAACUUGAGCGGCUAAUGGUGAAAAUCGGAGUGUUCUCCGUUCUUUAUACGGUUCCGGCUACCUGCGUUAUCGCCUGCUAUUUCUAUGAGAUCUCGAACUGGGCGGACUUCCGCCAGUCUGCGCAGGAUUCGUACAUGGUGGCGGGGAUGCUACGGAUCUUCAUGUCUCUGCUAGUGGGCAUCACUUCAGGAAUGUGGGUCUGGUCCGCCAAAACCCUUCACACCUGGCAACGAUGUUCCCUUCGACUGGUGCACACCGGGCGAAACAACCGCGUCAAACGGACAACCAACGGUUGGGUUAAACCAGGCAAAGGCAACGAGACUGUGGUGUGAAAAAGACAGGAGAAACAAUGAGACUGAUUGGCUCAGGGAGUGCAAGUUGGCACCACCGUGUGGACAUUUCUUGUAACUGCACCCACAGAUCUCUCUUUCCCUCACACUGAGAGCCCAUGUAGCACUUGAUGUCAUCUUCACACGCUACACAAAAUGUUCUUAAGUUGAUUUUACACUGGACAGUCCUGGUGCAGCAGGUAUGCCAUUUUUUUCAGUGUAUACGAUAUUUUGGCGAUUACGGCUAAUGUAUAUUCUCACUGAAGUGCCUUAGUUUUAGAAGACAAGUGAUAGCUACUCAACCAGACCUGAUGCUGCGUUCAAACUGUGGUAUUUGUGAACUAUGAUGCAGCAAAGACAUCUGGGAAAUGUAGUUCCACAAUCAGAGCAGUUUAUAUUAUUGCAAUAAGACACAGCUGCCUUGUUUCGUCUGUUCCUCAGCGGGAACACUUCAGGCAACGUCCUCACUAAUACGCAUUCGUUUGAAAACACGUUGAUUUCGCUACAUUUGCGCCUCUCGUCCACACUAGAACGGUGUUUUCCUCCAACGAAAAUGGAGCGUUUGGAAAAUUUCAAUGCAUUAUUGAAACAAAAAUAAGUCAGUGUGGACGUAAUUUCCCAAAGUAUGCGGUUAUGGAGCGUAUUAGCGAAAUUAAUGAUCUUUUAACCAAAAUUGUAAUGGUGUUGACGUGCCUAUUAGACCGUGUCCACACUAAUGCGCUUUCGUUUGGAAACACGUUGUUUUCGCUACGUUUACGCCUCUCGUCCACACUAGAACGGCGUUUUCCUCCAACGAAAAUGGAAAAUUUAGAGAGAAAAAAAACUCUCCGUUACUGCAUACUUUGUAAAGUUAUGACAUUAGGAAAAUUAAAAUGCAUUUUUGAAACAAAAAUAAGUUAGUGUUGACGUAAUUUCCCAAAGUAUGCGGUUAUGGAGCGUAUUAGCGAAAUUAAUGAUCUUUUAAACAAAAUUGUAAUGGUGCUGACGUGCCUAUUAGAACGAGACCACACGAAAAGGUUUUUGUUAAAAACACGUUGAUUUCGCUACAUUUGCGCCUCUCGUCCACAAUUGAAUGGCGUUUUAAUCCACGAAAAUGGAGCGUUUGGAAAAUGUAAACGCAUUUUUUAAACAAAAAUAAGUCAGUGUUGACGUAAUUUCCUAACGUAUGCGGUUAUGGAGCGUAUUAGCGAAAUUAAUGAUCUUUUAAACAAAACGCAAUAGUAUGGACGUGCCUAUUAGUCCGAGUCCACACUAAUACGCUUUCGUUUGAAAUCACGUUGAUUUCGCUACAUUUGCGCCUCUCGUCCACACUAGAACGUCGAUUUCCUCCAACGAAAAUGGAGCAUUUUGAAAAUUAAAAUGCAUUAUUGAGACAAAAAUAAGUCAGUGUUGACGUCAUUUCCCAAAGUAUGCGGUUGUUUUCGCUACAUUUACGCCUCUCGUCCACACUAGAACGGCGUUUUAAUCCACGUAAAAU